AUGGCCUCCAACGAAGACUUUACCAAGCGAAAGCUCUGGGGCGGCCGAUUCACCGGCUCUACUGACCCCUUGAUGCACGAGUUCAACCAGUCCCUCAAGUAUGACAAGCGCAUGUACGCCGCCGACGUCAAGGGUUCCAUCGCCUUCUCCAAAGCUUUGCUCAAGGCUGGUAUCCUCGUCGAGGCGGAGCAGAAAGAGAUCGAGAGGGGUUUGAAGGUUGUCGAGUCUGAGUGGGCCGAGAACAGGUUCAAGGUCGAGGCGGACGACGAGGACAUUCACACUGCCAACGAGCGAAGGCUGUCAGAGAUCAUUGGCAAGGACAUUGGAGGCAAGCUCCACACUGGCCGAAGUAGGAAUGACCAAGUGGCUACCGACAUGCGUAUCUGGCUGAUGGAAGAGACCAAGAUUGUCGAGAGCUAUCUUAAAGACCUCCUCAACGUCAUGGUCACCCGUGCUGAGAAGGAGGUCGACGCCAUCCUCCCCGGUUACACCCACCUUCAGCGUGCCCAGCCCGUUCGAUGGUCUCACUUCCUCCUCUCCCACGCCCAAUCUUUCCUUGGUGACCUCGAGCGUCUCCGGCAACUCUACCCCCGUAUCUCUGUUCUUCCCCUCGGAUCUGCUGCUUUGGCCGGUAAUCCCUACUCUCUUGACAGGGAGCUGUUGAGGAAGGAGCUCGACUUUGAGAGCAUCGGCGAGAACUCGAUGCACGCUGUUGCGGACAGGGACUUUAUUGUGGAGUGGUUGCAGUGGGCGAGCUUGACGCAGGUGCACAUGAGCAGAAUGGCGGAGGAUUUGAUCAUCUAUUCUACAGCCGAGUUUGGCUUUGUCCAGCUCAGUGACGCUUACUCUACCGGAUCCUCCAUCAUGCCCCAAAAGAAGAACCCCGACUCUCUUGAGCUUCUUCGAGGCAAGGCUGGCCGAACCUUUGGCCAGAUGGCCGGUUUCAUGAUGUCCCUCAAGGGUGUCCCCUCCACCUACAACAAGGACUUGCAGGAGGACAAGGAGCCCUUGUUUGACGCUGUGGACACUGUGUCCGCUGCUUUGAGGAUCGCCGAGGGUGCUUUGGCCACUCUUUCCAUCAACCCCGAAAAGAUGGCCGCUGCUCUCACCAUGGACAUGCUCGCUACCGACAUUGCCGACUACCUUGUCCGAAAGGGCGUUCCCUUCCGAGAGACCCACCACAUCUCUGGCCGUGCCGUGGCCCUUGCCGAAAACACCAAGGUUCAGAUCUCUGACCUGUCAAUGGCUCAGUGGAAGGAACUGGACGAGAGGUUCGACGAGACCGUUUUGGAUGUAUUCGACUUUGAGGCGAGUGUGGAGAAGAGGAACGCCAUUGGAGGCCCGGCGAGAAGCAUGAUUGCCAGACAGGUUGAGGUUGCCAGGCAGAGGAUUGGCAAGUAG